GUUUACUACUUUACAUAUGUAAUGUUUUGCAUUAAAGAUAACAAUAUAUUUACGGGUAAUUGCCUUGGAUUUUAAAUAAGACGUAAUCAUUUAAAAUCCAAGGCAAUUACCCGUAAAUAUAUUGUUAUAAACAUUGGUUAUGGUUAUGGACAUUGGUCCAUAGACAUUUUUAUUAAAAUACGUCUUCCUCGUCACCAAGUAAAAUCACUGGAUUAAUGUGAACAGCUACUGGACAGUGUCAUUGGAGCAGCUGGAUCAAUGUAAACCAGCUAUCCUUAUUCGAUUGUCAUUCCACUGACACUCUACUGAGAUUCCAUAACCUAUUAACUGUAGUGGUUUUGUCAACUCAGUCGAGACAAAAACUAUUUUCAAAUAAGGGUUACAUUAGGUAUUUGUUUGCAACUGUACAUUAUUUACCUUCCAGCAUCCUAUUCAUUCAGAUGUCGUUGAAAUAGGUAGGUACCUAAUGUUCGAGAACAUGGUGAGCGUGGAACAAAUAUCUGUGCUGAUUGAUAGGAUGGAGAGGCAUCCAUUCAUAGCCCUGGGCCAAUCAAAUCGUUCUAAAGAAGGCCGCACCGUGUCCAGGCGUUUUUGGGUGGAAUGCGCCAGGGUCCUGAACAAAGUGUCACCGGAUUGCUGCACCAAGACACCGGACCAAUGGAGAUUGUACUACAAUGAGUACAAGUGCAAAGUAUUGAAAAAAGUGAAAAUUGAGAAGGGAAAAACUAUAGCCGCAGGAGGGGGACUUUGUAAAAUACCUCUAACUCCUCUUCAGAAGAGGCUGUACACCAUUUUAAAGAGUGAUGUGGCCGAGCCAAAGCCGGUUCGAGAUCCGUUGUUUCAAUAUCAAGUUCUUAAAUCAGAGGUGCCAGACGAUGCUGCCACUGGAAACAUCCCGGUGGAGGAUGUCAGUCAUAAUGAAAGCCCAGAGCAGGCAAGCCAGCCCAGUUCCAGCAAGUCGGAGCUGACGAUGAUGCUCCCUGUGACGGAGCCCGAGCGGGAGUCCCAGCGCUCCAGCUCCGAGGAGGAGCUCCCGCAGCCGUCGCCGCCGCCCGCGCCCAGGAGGCGGCGGCGACGGCGCUCCUUGCUAAUAAACGCUGCUGAGCACAAACGUGCCAGGCGUGAAAUAUCAGAACAUUACCGCGCUAGACUCGAUGCUGACGAGAAAUGGUCAAUGCACGAGGCCACAAAGCGUCUGGAAAAUUUAGAAAGAAUGACGGCGGCGGCGACUCGCGAACACGCGCGCGCUACCAACAGACUCGCGGCGGCGCUCGAGGCCAUCGCCGAGCGCCUGCGGGACCCCAUCACUGUCACAGUCAACCAGAGAACAAGCGAGACUCAAAGCCAGGACCCUAACGAGACUCGUCGGCAGCCCAGUGAGACUCAUAGGCAGGAUGAUAGCGCAACUAAAAGAGCCAGGCGAGUAUCAUCGUCAGAGCACAACACGGACAAACACCAUUCUAACACAAUUUUCUGUGAAUAAAGUAUAUCCUCAACUUCAAUGGGUAUUAAAAGACUGAUUAUAUAGCAUAUUCUUACCGUGUUAUUUAUAAAAAUAAUAAUAAAAAUUAAUAAUGUUGUUUAAGUACGUUUUGUUUGUUCUUUUAUAGCUAUUGGUAAGGAAGAUAUUGAUGUAAAAGGUUAAUUAAAAAAAAACCUGUUGUUGUCAUUUGUUUUUUUAUAUUAUAUUAUGAAUAGUAAAUAUCUAGUAGCUAAACUUAUAAGUUCAUUGUUGAAUUUAUGCAGAAAAUCUGUCCCUUUUCAUUUAAGAUAAUAACAAU